GGACACAGGUGACACACCCCUUCCCCACUCACCCACUUAAAAAUGCUCCGACCGGCCGGCCAUUCCCAUGGCUUCUCCUCGCCCGCUACCCGGAAUCCGUCCCCUCUUCGCUCUCUUCCUCUCUCUUCUCUUUCUCGUUUUCCUCCUCCCAUGGGCGGCCGGCUCUUCUCCGCUGGAGUCAUCCCACCUUUAUCGAGUCCUGCACAUCCAAGAACGGGAGCGCUUACCGCCCGCCGUCCAGGUGGCCGCCGCCCGUGGCCUUCUCUCCCGCCUCCUCCCAUUCCACGUUUCCAGCUUCGAAUUCGAGAUCGUUUCCAAGGACUACGCGUUUCUACAUUUCUUGAAAGGACUACGCGGUUCUGCAUUUCUUGAAAGGUUUCUGCUGAAUUGGGCUUUUAUGGAUUUGAUUCUUGAUGUGCUCUAGUGUGCUAGACCGUUGGUUCUUGGAUUACUUUAGGAGAGUUGAAUUACCUGAAUCUUCAAAGGAGGAAAAAAUUGACAAGUGGAAGUAUUGGCAUCAUUGUAUAGAGGAUCAUGGAAACAUGUGGUGGAGUAGCAUGCUUCAUUAUUAGCAACCAUCCAUCAUUAAGUACAAAAGGAUUCCCAGAAAUACUAAUCCAAGGGACAAGUGGUGUGGAACUUUCUGUUGGUCUCCAUUGGUACUUAAAACACUGGUGUCUGAUACACAUAUCUUGGGAGAAGACCGGUGGUCUACAGUUGUCAUCUCUACCAAAAGUGGGCUCCCUUCCGCAUGUUCCUUCGGCUGGUAUUUUGGUACAAAGACCUGUUCCGUUGAGUUACUACCAGAAUGCUGUUACAUCCAGUUAUUCAUAUGCAUGGUGGAGUUGGGAAAGAUGGGAGAAGGAAAUUGAUUGGAUGGUUCUCCAAGGGGUCAACUUACCACUUGCUUUCAAUGGGCAAGAAGCCAUUUGGCAAAAAGUUUUUGAGUGAUACAUUUGAUGAGAACACUCCACCUGUAGAUGAUCCAAAGUAUAUAUCUUCCUUGGGUUCUGCAAUAUAUAAAGGAAUGCAAAGUGGUGAUGAUGAUGCAAUAUGGCUCAUGCAGGGUUGGUUAUUUUCAUAUGACCCAUUCUGGAAACCACCUCAGAUGAAGGCUCUCUUGCAUUCAGUUCCAAUUGGGCGGAUGGUAGUUCUUGAUCUAUUCGCUGAAGUAAAACCAAUAUGGGUUAAAUCAAAACAGUUUUAUGGUGUUCCAUACAUCUGGUGCAUGCUACACAAUUUUGCUGGAAAUAUUGAGAUGUAUGGUAUUCUCGAUGCAAUUGCACUUGGACCUAUUGAAGCUCGUACAAGUGAAAAUUCAACCAUGGUUGGCAUUGGAAUGUCUAUGGAAGGCAUUGAGCAAAAUCCUGUUGUUUAUGAUCUGAUGUCUGAAAUGGCAUUUCAUCAUAAACCAGUAGAUGUCAAGAUCUGGGUUGACUUAUAUGCAACAAGGAGAUAUGGAAGGUCUGUUCCAGCACUACAAGAUGCCUGGCAGAUACUAUAUCAUACUCUAUAUAAUUGCACAGAUGGUGCCUAUGACAAAAAUCGAGAUGUAAUUGUUGCAUUUCCAGAUGUUGAUCCAUCUGUCAUAUUGAUACCAGAGAUAUUUGAAGAGAGAAAGCUUGUGCAUUUUAGUCGACAAUUAUCAGAAAGAGAGCCACUGAAGGAAACAGCUAAUUCUUAUGAUCAACCACAUUUAUGGUAUUCAACUGCUGAUGUCACACGCGCAUUAGUUCUUUUCCUAGAAAAUGGGUAUGAUGUAUCAGAUAGCCAGACUUUCAGAUAUGAUCUCGUGGAUCUCACCCGUCAGGCAUUAGCAAAGUAUGCAAACAAAGUAUUCUUGAAGAUUAUAGAAGGGUACCAACUCAGUAAUUUAAAACAAGUGACCAUAUAUAGCCAGCACUUUCUUGACCUUAUGAAAGAGCUGGACAUGCUUUUGUCAUGUCAUGAUGGAUUUCUGCUUGGACCCUGGUUGGAAAGUGCCAAACGCCUUGCAAGAGACCCAGAACAGGAGCAACAGUUUGAAUGGAAUGCAAGGACUCAAGUAACCAUGUGGUUUGAUAACACUGAGACUGAAGCUAGUUUGCUUCGUGAUUAUGGAAACAAGUACUAGAGUGGUCUUCUACUGGACUACUAUGGGCCAAGAGCAUCUAUAUAUUUCAAGUACAUGAUAGACAGCUUGGUGAAGGGGGAGAGUUUCCCAUUAGAAGACUGGAGGAGGGACUGGAUAGGCCUUACCAACAAGUGGCAAAGCAGUAGAAAUUUGUUUCCAGUGAAAGCUUCUGGUGAUGCUCUAAAUAUAUCUCGAUGGCUAUAUGACAAGUAUUUAUGUACUGAUAACUUGCAAUCACUUUAUAUGGGUUCAAACUAUGAUGAAGCUGCUAAUUUUGUGAUCUUUUAUGUUUGACACACAAUCUCCUGAUGAUAAUUUCGUUCCCAAAGUUCGAAAGAAUCUUAUUGCCUUGGUUUUUUUAUCAAAGCAAUUAUGUUAUGAGUUGUUCGUUCCAUAAUGGAUUCCUAAUCUAUUUGUCGAGUAGGCAUUGUCUAGGCAAUGAUAUGUCAAUUUGCCACAAUUUGAGUUUCUUAUUACUCUGUAACACCAGAGUCAACUUAGUACUUAUGAGCAGUUAAUAUGUUUGGUGUUC